AUGUCAAUGUCAUUCGUUUUCAACUCCCGCUACCUAGUUAGCGCGGUCCUAUCCUACUUCGUAUCCAUUCGCAACUAUGUCCAGCUCUCCACCUCUCACGCCGCCUUCGUCCAGUCUGUGGAGAGUUCGGGGCCUCGUCCAGCUGCGUCAAGGGAAUACCUUGCCAAUGUAGAUCACGAAGUGUUUAGGCACUUCAGUAUCAUCAACCGGGAGGAGGGCAGGGCACAACAGUACGAGUUCAAAUUCUUCUUCAAUGUGUUCACAGGUGCCGCCAUCCGUUGGGCUCAGCACCUGACUUCAUGGAAGAAGAUGAAGCGCUGGGAGGUGUCUCUUUGCAAGAAGGCCCCGGCUGAUGCUCGCCUCGCGAUGAAGUCCAAGUACGAGAAGCAGGCUGCGGAUGCAGAGGAGAGGCGCCGAACCACAGAGGCUGCGAUUGCCGCGGUGAACCCCGGUGGGAAGCGGGCCCGCAUGACCGACUAUCUCGAGGGUGACGCAGCAGCGGAAAAACACGAAGCACAUCGGUCGCUUGCGCUGAUGUUUGCCGGAUGUCACAUCCUGGAGCAGAUCGUCGACCAUCCUCUCUUCGUCAACGCAAUCAAAGACGUCGCCCGCGCCGGCCACGGCUAUGUUUCUCCAGGGCAGAAGUACACCGGCGGUACCGGUGUGCAAGCUUGCCGCCAGGGCAUUGAAAGCCGCUCGGUGGGCAUCAAGGCAAGCUGGAAAAAAACAGGAGUUACCGUAGUGUCCGACAUGAUGACGGACAGAAACGGGAGGCCGCAGGCAAAUGUCUUCCUCGUUAACAAGGCGGGCGCCGUGUUGGUGGAAUACGUGGACUGUAACAUGGAGAAGACAGGGGGAUAUAUUGCGGGAUUACUGAGGCCCGGGGUGGAGGAGGUGGGGGCAGAGAACAUCAUCUUCUCUGAGAAGACGUGGGGUGGGGAAGCUUGGGUGGGCGAAAAGGGUGGUGGAUCGGGCUGCGGAGAUGACGUCCUUCGUCCGCAAUCGCCACUGGACGCAGGGGUACUUGCGGACACCGGAUCUGAUGGUGCUCUCCGACCUGUGGAAAGAGUGGGCUGUGGACGCGGAAGGUGGCUGCUGAGGGGUUUGACGCACUGCGAACUCUCCCACAACUACCUUACCGGCCGCCCACUGAAGCCUCUUGCUGUGCGCACCCUGGAUCUCUCGAGCAACUUCCUCUCAGGCCCUCUGCCCGACGGGGCAUGCCUGCCACUUUCUUUUGAUGCCAACUGCUUUACGCUGCCACUGGGCUGUGUCUUGGUGCCGCAGCGGCAGGAGGCAGCAUGCAAUGCAUUCUGUGGCGUCUCCUCUGUAGCUGGUGGUGCUGCUGCGUGUGGUGGACAUGGGGUGUGCUAUCCACAGGGGCCUAGUUUGGCACCCACAUGUCUGUGCGAUGCGGGAUUUGUGCGCUUUGGAGACAUUGACUGUGUUUCUCAAGGCCAGAACAGGAAUUACUCAAGCAGCCACCCGGUUCUCCCGCCAGCAUCUGUGCUCACCAAGGGGACGCAGCGGGAGACGAGGGGAAACUUCACCACAGCUCCGGUGACUCUGUUUGUGUACGAGGCAGGGCAGGGGCUGUCGGGGUGUGGACUGCAGCUCGCCUUCCAUGCCAACUUCACCUUCUCCCUCUCGCCUCAAUCCGGCCGCGUGGGCUUCAACGGCUUUGCCUUUGUUGUCUCGGCAACCAACCGGGUGGGGAGCGGCGCCGGUGUGAGCGACCUACGCGCCGCCCCUUAA